AUGAAGGCGGUGGUCCUGACCUGGUGCCCGCUGUGCCUGGCGCUGGCCAUGGCCAGCCUUGUCGCCACGGUGACCGGCGGGCGGAACUCGGGACGGCGGAAACACAAGGAGGUCUUCCUAGGGGAGAAGAGCAAGUUCACGUUUGGAGGGCGUAUAGACUACAAGCUGAAGAAGCAGGACAGCACCAAGACACUUCUGAUCAAGAGCGAGCAGCUGCUGAGGAUCGAGGAGCACGACUUUGCCAUGAGACCAGGGUUUGGAGGUGCAGCCAUCCCCGUCGGGAUCGAUGUGCAAGUGGAGAGCAUAGACAGCAUCUCUGAAGUCAACAUGGACUUCACCAUGACCCUGUAUCUGCGCCACUACUGGAAGGAUGAGCGCCUGGCCUUCCCGUCACGAAACAACCAGAGCAGGACGUUUGACUCUCGGCUGGUGAAGAAGAUCUGGGUCCCCGACGUCUUCUUCGUUCACUCCAAGCGUUCUUUCAUCCACGACACCACCAUGGAGAACAUCAUGCUACGCGUCUACCCUGACGGGAACAUCCUGUACAGUGUCAGGAUCACUGUGACUGCUCUCUGCUCCAUGGACUUCAGCAGCUUCCCUCUGGACACACAGAACUGUUCACUGGAACUAGAAAGCUACGCCUACAAUGAGAAUGACCUGAUGCUGUACUGGAAGAAUGGCAACGACUCUCUGAGGACGGACGAGAUCGUUCUCUCUCAGUUCUUCAUCGAGGAGUUCCAUCCUUCCAAUGGGCUGGCCUUCUACAGCAGCACAGGCUGGUAUAACAGGCUGUACAUUAACUUCAUUCUGCGGAGGCACAUCUUCUUUUUCAUGCUGCAGACCUACUUCCCCACAAUGCUGAUGGUCGUCCUGUCCUGGGUGUCCUUCUGGAUUGAUCGCAGGGCUGUUCCUGCCCGUGUUUCUCUGGGUAUAACCACAGUGCUGACUAUGUCCACCAUCAUCACAGGGGUGUCCUCCUCCAUGCCUCAGGUAUCCUAUGUAAAAGCAGUGGACAUCUAUCUGUGGACCAGCUUCCUGUUCGUUUUCCUGUCUGUGAUUGAGUACGCUGCCGUCAACUACUGCACCACCGUGGAGGAGAUGAGGAAGAUGAAGAGAGGCAAGCUCCCGUCAUCCUUCAACGCGAGCCAGGCCAUGGCCUUCGACGGCUGCUUCCAUGACAACGACAUCGAGCUGACCCCGUUUCCGCGGGCCGUGCCUUCCCUGAACUCCGACCCCCUCGGGACUCCGCCCCGGAUGCCGGAGGCUCCGCCCGCCGAGGGGACCCGCCUCCGCCGCCAGCGGUCCGUCCGUGAGAACGUGGACCUGUUGCUCAGCAACAGCUACAUGAUCGACUCGUAUUCGCGCGUGGCCUUUCCCCUCUCCUACCUGCUCUUCAACACCAUCUACUGGAGCCUGUACUCCUGA